UGAUUUUCUUACUUCGGUACAGCUUGUAAUCAGAGUAGCUUCACACUUAGGAACACGUCUGCGAUGGCCCCAAGUUUAGACUCGGAUUCUACUGUCUUGAGCAUCAGAUCUGAUUUCAGAGAAGGACGAUUUCUAAGGCAGUCGAAGAGCGACCUGUACGCAAAUGAUAUCCGCAGAAGUUUUGAGAACGAUUUCAGAGUCCCAGAUUUCCAGCACCGUUACCCGAAGGCCCGACUCAACCCCUUGGCUGCGCAGUGCCAUGACAUUUCCAAUGACUGGAUCGUUUCUUUGGGCAUAGAUAAGGAGCUGGGUCCAAGUAUGUGGCAAUCGUGUAUGGCGGCCAAAUUCUCUGAGUAUAUCGGCUUUGUCUAUGACGAUAUAGAGCCCAAAGAUUUCCUUUGGCUCUGCAAAUGGGUUCAAUGCUUCUUUGCUUUCGAUAGCAAGCUGGAUGACGGUGAAUGGGCAGACCGGAUAGAUUGGUCGAGUGAUGUAAUUUUAGAUAUGAAUUUGGUUCUCUUGUGGAAUGACCCUGACAACGAGCGCUUACUGGAAGGCUUGAAAUCUAUUCUGGAUACGUUGAUGGAGACUGAGGCUUCCAGAAAACGCGCGCAGCUCCACACAAUUCAUGCAGAUCUGGUGCAUGCCAGGAACAAAGCGAAAUCACUUCUCGAUGUCAAUUUGGGAGCUUUCAUGUCGGGAUUUCGAGAGCUGUGGCUGGAAUAUAUCGAAGAUCUGCCUGUUGAGUGUAUGUCGAGAGAGGCUGAGGCAUUUCAACAGUACAUCACGGGCUGUCUCUCAGAACAAAUAGGUCGAAUGAAAGGAACAAAGCUCAGUGUGUCUGAUUACAUCAGCCUUCGACGACAAGCCGGAGGAGUGUGGGCGUUAAUUGUUUUCUCAGAUCGGAUGAUUGAGCAUAAAAGAAGGAAAUCUCCGAUUUGCCAUCUUCCCGACAGCUUGUUCUACGGAAAAGAUAUGCAGAAUAUGCUGGCCGCUAUUACUGACAUCGUAUGUUGGCAUAAUGACAUUUUCGGUUUCCAGAAGGAACUAUUGAACAAUGACCAUAAGAACACUUUGGUGUUUGUCAUAUUUCAUGAAUACAACUGCCAAUCUUACACACAAGCAGGAGAGCUUGUAGUCGAACUACUGCACGACAGAAUUGCUGAAAUGGAACUUGCAUAUGAACGGCUGAGAUCUGCGGCCGCUCCUGAGUUUCAUCCCGCAAUUGACCUGUACAUGAAAAUUUGUCGAGGUUGGAUUCCUGGAACGCACCAGUAUCACAUGAUUUCCUCGCGAUACAAUGUGUCCAAUUCCUCUAUUUCAGAUACAGGAAAUUCUAAAAAGGUAGAACACAUCACCAAGCGUUAGUAAAUGUAUGUAGAGGCUCGGGUGACAGUGGACACGUAUGCUUUGUCUACAAUCUGCCCGUACUUUUGAAGCAACGCUGAAUAAGUUCUUUGGUUGACGUUGCUGGAGCCGUGGAUGAGAUAUUUGUCUUACAGCCAGUUUAAGGAGGAAGAGUAUUACUGCAAACUUCCAGAUGAGAGCAUCGACAGAACCUUGAGUUGCGUUUGAACACAACAGGAAUCAACGUGAUUUAAAAUCACAUCCUAUGCCAAGUAUGUUCAACGGCUUUUUAACAAUACAAAGACUACGCAUGAACAUGAUAAUGAUUUAUGCAAAGUGAAGAGACAACAGUCCUUCAAUGCUAGAUUAUUCGCAAAAUUAAUAUGAAG